UGUGUGUGUGCGUCAGUGACAGAUAAAGUACAGAGCGGACCUCUCUGUCAGAUCACAGCUUCUUCACUUGUAGAGCAGACCGAUUUCACCUGGAGGACUGAUCCCAGACAUGAGGCUCUGUGUCCGGGCUGCCGGAGCGUGGCGUCUCCUGCCUGUCCUGGUUCUUCUGACUGUCCUCCAUGUCAGAGCAGACCCGCAGCAACCCAAAGAGAGACACUAUUACAUCGCUGCUGUUGAGAUAGACUGGGGCUAUGCUGGCAAUGACACACACAGGUUUGGGCCCACCUAUAAGAAAGUGGUCUUUCGGGAGUAUGACGACAAGGACUUCAGACAGCCCAAGCCUCAUCCCUCCUGGUUGGGUCUGCUUGGACCCACACUGAGGGCUCAGGAGGGCGAGAAGAUUGUCGUCACUUUCAGAAACCUGGCCACAGCACCGCACAGCAUCCACCCACACGGCAUCGCCUACGGGAAACAGUCAGAGGGAGCCAACUACUUCGACAACACGUCCCAGAAAGAGAAAGAAGACGACGUUGUGCGGCCGAACAGUCAACACGUUUACUACUGGGAGGUGACGAAAGAGGUUUCUCCACAGCCAAGUGACCCUUCCUGUCUCACCUACACCUACAUCUCCCACAAAAAUGUUGUCGAGGACUACAACUCAGGCCUCAUUGGUGCUUUACUCAUCUGCAAGCCCGGCAGUCUGGAUGAGUCGGGGAAGCAGGUCGGCGUCUACCAUGAGUAUGUGUUCCUCUUUGGGGUUUUUGAUGAGAAUGAGAGCAAGUACAAACCAAAAGGCCAUGCUAACCAUGUGAAAUACACCAUCAAUGGAUACACAAUGGGAUCGCUACCUGAUGUCAGUAUGUGUGCCUACGCCUCUGUGAGCCUGCAUCUGGUGGGUAUGAGCUCAAAGCCCGAGGUGUUCUCGGUGCAUAUGAACGGGCAGGUGCUGCAGCAGACCGGCCACAAAGUGUCAUCAGUGGGCCUGAUCAGCGGCUCCUCGGCCACCGCCAGCAUGGUGGCUCUGCACACGGGCCGCUGGCUACUCUCCUCACACACCAUCAAGCACAUGGAAGCUGGCAUGCAUGGUUUCGUGGAUGUGAUAAAGUGUGACAACUUCCAAGCCCCCCAGCGAAGGAUGACCAUUGAGCAAAAACGCCACAGCAGGGAGUGGACGUACUACAUAGCUGCAGAAGAAAUCAUCUGGGACUAUGCACCCAAUAUGCCCGAACACAUCGAUGAGGACUUCACGUUGCAGUACCUGAGACAGUCACCAAAACGCAUAGGUGGGAAGUACAAGAAGGCAGUGUACACGCUGUUUAAUAAUGAGUCAUUCACUGAAAGGUUAGAGUCCAAGCAAAGGAAAAAUGAGCUUGGGAUCUUGGGCCCAGUGAUCAAAGCGCAAAUCCGAGAUGUCAUCAAGAUUGUUUUUAAGAACAUGGCCUCUAGGCCCUACAGCAUCUAUCCACAUGGGCUCACAAUAGAGAAGUCAGAUGAGGGAGUAAACUACCCAGCAGGAGGCAACCAGUCUCAUGGUGUUCAACCAGGUGAGACACACACCUACAUAUGGAGAGUGGUUGACGAGGACCAGCCUCUCGAAGGAGACUCUCGAUGUCUGACACGACUGUACCACAGUGCAGUGGACACACCGCGCGACAUCGCCUCAGGGCUGAUAGGGCAAAUCCUUAUCUGCAAGAGUCGGUCCCUCAAUAUCAGGGGGGUGCAGCUAAAAGCAGACAAGGAGCAGCAUGCUAUGUUGGCUGUAUUUGAUGAGAACAAGAGCUGGUACCUGGAUGAAAACAUUCGCCAAUAUUGUGAUCGAUCCAAAGUCAACAAGGCAGACCCGGACUUUUAUAAGUCCAAUGUCAUGCACUCAAUUAACGGUUAUGUGUUUGAGAGCGGCCCACUCUUGGGCUUCUGCAAUGGCGAGAUUGCAACAUGGCACGUGUCCAGCAUUGGAGCACAGGACUACAUCCAGACAGCAACUUUCUACGGCCAUACAUUUGAGGUGAAUGGGCGGACAGAGGACUUCCUCAGCCUCUACCCUAUGACUGGAGAGACCAUCACUAUGAACAUGGACAACGUUGGUGUCUGGCUCAUGGCUAGCCUAAAUUCCCAUGAGACAACCAAAGCAAUGCGCGUAAAGUUUCAGGAUGUUGAGUGCUUUCGUGACAACCUGUAUGAGUACAGUGACGAAUCAAUGGACUUUAAUGCAUGGAACCCUCUGAGCAAGGAUGAAAUAAAGAAGGACCAGGAGAAGCCCAAACCUGUGAAAGUAACACCAACGACGAAUGAGCCAGACAUUUACACAGACUUGUUUGCAGAUGAAUUAGGCCUUAGGUCUCUAAAGAACCAGUCAAGGGCCUCAAGUGUGGAGCAGCUGGACCUCUCUUUCCUCGACUAUGAUGCUGUUGAUGUGCCCGACAGAGAUACAAAUAUCACCCUUAAUUCCAAGGAGACGAAGAACAAAAGUGAGAUCUCUAUUCCAAAGCCAAAUGCACUAAAUGAGACAUUGAUUUCAAAUUUGGGAGGGGUGGAUGAACUGAACCUUACAGCGGUUAAUUUGCUGAACCAAAGCAUGAGCGAGAAUACCCAUAUGCAGAACAGUAGUGCGCCAUCAGCUUUUGACAAUUCAUUAGUAUAUAAAACAGAGAACACAACCCUGUUUUAUAGCCCAAAUAAAUUACUAAAGAAUGACAGCAUAACUACAGAUAGCAGUGCUUCUGUAUCAAAUCUCAUUAAUGUUUCAGUGUCUGGAAACACAACAGUUCACAAUGCUACGGUUUUAUCAAUGGUUCAAAAUGUAUCCGCAGAGAUUACCAAUCAUACUGCAGCAUUACAAGAAACUACCAAUCUUAGUGUAGCUUUAAGAGGAGAUUCAACGGACACUGAAAAAGUGCAUGUAACCCUGACUGGUGAUAACCAGACUUCCGUAGGCGUGGUCUUGGCAGAGGACUUUAAGGAGAGACUCACCAGAGGGGAUGUGUUUUCCUACUCUGUGCCUCUAUUUAAUUCCAGCCCAAACAAUCUCCACAGUACACCAGAGAGCAACGCCACCUCUCUGUCACACAGUUUAAAAAAGGAAGAUGAUAAUAACACAGCAGCUAAUCAUAUUAACGUGUCAGCAGACGGCACAAACUCUCCGUUGUCUAUUCCAAUGGCCCAUGUUGAAGAGGUUAACAUCAUUCGCAUAGAGAGAACCAACUUGACCAUCUCAGAGUUAGAGGUGGAGGCUACAGACAACACAACCAGUGACAAUGACUUCCUAAUUACCACAGCCAAGCCGUUUAUUUCUAUGGCCAAUGUAGAAGAAGUUAACAUCCUCAGCAUAGAAAAAAGCAACUUGACUAUCUUAGAUUUAGAAGUGGAGGCCACAGACAGCAAAGCCACCAAUAAUGAGUCCCUACUCACCACAGCAGAGCCAUCUAUUCCAAUAGCUGAUGUUGUAGACGUUAGCAUCAACAGCACAGAGAGAAGCAACUUGACUAUCUUAGAUUUAGAAGUGGAGGCCACAGACAACACAGCCAUUGAUAAUGACUCCCUAAUCACCACAGCGGAGCCAUCUAUUCCAAUGGCUGAUGUUGUAAAGGUUAGCAUCAGCAGCACAAAGAUAGGCAACUUGACCAUUUUAGAUUUAGAAGUAAAGGCCAAAGACAAAGAAACCAGUGACAAUGACUCCCUGAUCAUCGCAACUGAGCCGUCUGUUCCAAUUGCCGAUGUAGAAGAAGUUAACAUCCUCAUUAUAGAAAAAAGCAACUUGACCAUCUUAGAUUUAGAAGUGGAGGCAAAAGACAACACAACCAGUGAUAAUGACUCCCUAAUCACCACAUCACAGCCAUCUAUACCAAUGGCUGAUGUUGUAGAGGUUGGCCUCAGCAGCACAGAGAUAAGCAGCUUGACUAUCUUUGAGUUUGAGGUGGAUAGUAACAAUGACUCCCUGGUUAACACAGUAGAUCUGGAGUAUGGACUUCAAAUGAAUUCCUCUGAAAGUGUACCUAUUUCAGCCAAUUCCAGCCUUGAAGAUGUAACACACGUUUUGCUUGGAACUGGACCCUUACAGAAUAUGACAGAAAAAACAUUAAGAUCCAAUUUAUCAAAGGAGAUUAGUUCAGAGAUUUGGGAGAAUGUCACAGCACUUCCUGGUGAGUUGAACCACACAGCUUCUGCAGAACGUUUAUCCAAUGAGACAGAGCUGUACCUCUCGAGCGAUGCGGUGAGAAAAAACAAUUCUGGGGGGGCCUUAGACAGCAUUGAAGAAGUGCUAAUCUACCUCACAGAAAACAAAACGCACGUGAUGAAAACCACCAACGUUAAAAUGCAGGAGCACAACUGGACUUAUGAGGAAACUCCCCAAAUGGAAUCGGUGGAGAUCCCUGACUACAUGAUGAAAUAUUUCGGGAAAGAAAACCCUAAAACGACGCCAACUCCAAAAAAGACCAAGAAGGUGAACCUCCGACAGAGGCCUCAGAAGGGCCAAGGCAUGAAAACAAAGAGGAGGAAGGAAUACAAGCCUCAGGCCAUGAGUGGAUUACCAUUCUCCCCCAGGGGGUUCAAUCCAGGUAUGACCCCGCGUGGGGCACGACCACUUUUAUCACAGCCUCUCUCUGAUGAGGAGGAGCUCAUAAACAAGCCUGUGGUCAUCGGUGUGCCCAGGCCUGAUUUCAGUGACUACGAGCUGUAUGUUCCUGGAGACGACCCAGAUCAUCUAGGGUUGGAGGAAAAUGUAAAGGCAGAUGAAUAUGAGUAUGUGACAUACAAAGACCCCUACAAGGGUGAUGAAGACAUCAAGAAUCUUAACCUGGAUGACACAACCAAAUACUACUUAAAGUUAUCUGGCCCGAAUGUCAAGACUUAUUUCCUCGCUGCAGAGGAGGUUGAGUGGGACUAUGCUGGCUACGGACAGAGGAGGCAGGACGAAUCCCAACCAAACAGCAGAGAAACUAAGUUCACCAAGGUUGUUUUCCGAGGUUACAUGGACAGCAGCUUUAGCACACCUGACGUCCGUGGAGAGAUUGAUGAGCACCUCGGCAUCCUGGGACCUGUCAUCAAGGCCGAGGUUGGGCAAAGCAUCAUGGUGGUGUUCAGGAACAAAGCCAACCGUCCGUACUCCUUACAUCCAAACGGGGUUUCCUAUACCAAGCAGACAGAGGGUUUGUCCUAUGAAGAUGGCUCUAAGUACUGGUAUAAAUAUGACAACGAGGUUCAACCCAAUACCACCUUUACGUAUUUAUGGAAAGUCAAUUCUAUGGUUGGGCCAAUGCCAGACGAGUCUCACUGUCGGACCUGGGCCUACUAUUCAGGCGUUAAUCCUGAAAGAGACAUCCACUCUGGCUUGAUUGGGCCUUUGCUGGUGUGUCGAGAAGGAACCCUGAAUAGGGAGUCAACUGACAUGAGGGAGUUCACACUGCUUUUCAUGACCUUCGAUGAGUCGCAGAGCUGGUACUACAAGGAGAAUCACGAGACGAUGCAGAGGAAAAGCCGAAGGAGAUUUAUGGAUACCAACUCCAAUGAGAACCUCAAGUUCCACUCCAUUAAUGGUAUUACAUACAACCUGAAGGGCCUGAGGAUGUACACCAAGCAGCUGGUGUGCUGGUACCUGAUCAACAUGGGUUCUCCCAAAGACUUUCAGAGCGUCCACUUCCACGGACAGACGUUCCUCCACAAGAAGACCACCAGCUACAGACAGGCCGUCUACCCGCUGCUGCCUGGGAGCUUUGCUACUCUGGAGAUGUUUCCAUCCAAACCGGGCCUGUGGCAGCUGGAGACGGAAGUUGGUUUCAACCAACAGAAGGGCAUGCAGACCCUCUUUCUGGUUCUAGAUAAUGAGUGCUACCGUCCACUGGGUUUGGAAUCAGGCAGUGUGAAAGACAACCAGAUCACAGCGAUCAACACUAGAGGAAACUGGAAACCCCAUCUUGCCAGAUUGAACAAUCCGGGUAAAUUCAACGCAUGGAGUACAGAGCAGAACAAGAGCUGGAUUCAGGUGGACUUCCAACGGCCAGUUGUAAUCAGCCAGGUGGCCACGCAGGGAGCCAAGGAGAUGUUCCAUCCCCAAUAUGUGGUCAAGUACUCUAUCUCCUACAGCACCGACCGCCAGAAGUGGAUCUUCUAUAAGGGCGACAGCAGGGACCUCAGGAAGGUAUUCCCUGGGAACCAGGACGCCCACACAGAAAAGAAAAACAUCUUAUUUCCUCCUGUGGUUGGACGCUUUAUCAGGCUCCAUCCCAUCAACUGGUACGGCAAAGCCACAGUCCGCAUGGAGCUCUACGGCUGUGAGCUGGAUGGUUGCUCUGUGCCUCUGGGGAUGGAGAGCAGACUGAUAGAAGACCAUCAAAUCACAGCCAGCUCCACAGCUUCCAGCUGGUACUCUGGACCCUGGAAACCCUCUCUCGCACGCCUCAACACACAGGGAACCAUCAAUGCAUGGCAGGCUAAGCAUGGGGACAUGAACCAGUGGCUUCAGGUGGAGCUUCCCACAGUUAAGAAGAUCACAGGUAUCAUGACGCAAGGAGCCAAGUCUCUGGGGAAACAGAUGUACGUCAUGUCCUACGCUCUGCAGUACAGCAACAAUGGGAUCCACUGGAACCAGUACACAGAUGAUGAGAGCAUCCCUUUCAAGACUUUUUUGGGAAAUACCAGUAACAACGUCCACGUGAAAAACUACAUCUACCCUCCUAUUUUUUCCCGCUUCAUCCGAAUCAUCCCAAUGAGCUGGAUGAACUCCAUCACUAUGAGAAUAGAACUACUGGGCUGUGACUUUGAGUGAUACAUCCAUACAUUCCUUUCUUAGUCAUGUCAGACUCAUCAUAUGUGCUUUAUGUGCAAAGUGCUUUUAUUAUACAAAUAUAUGCCCAGUAAAAUUAGUUAUAAAACUCAGUGGUAAGCGCAGUACGCAUGAGUUAUCCCUUUUGUCAAUAGUUGUAUGUGUUUUUGAAAUACUUAAGCUGAUGUGUGACAUCAGAAAUGACUAUUAAUUAAUGUAAAUAUGUUAGUACAGAUAUAAUUUAUUUUUUAAUAAAAAAUAAUUACCAUUUUUACU